AUGAGUCGGUUUCGUUUAGGCACGUUCGCUACAACACUGAGCAGACCUUACUUGUUUUCCAAACCACUGAGUGGCAAUAUUUUAAGUACCAGAACUUUUACAGUAACAAGCAGUACAAACAUGAAAUUUGUACAAUUUGCAUAUAAAAAUAAACAAGACGAGAUUCGCGUGGGUUAUGUAGAGGGUGAUAAUGUGAUUGACAUAAAUAAAUGUAAUCCAGAAUUACCAUCUACUAUGUUGGGAUUAUUACAAAGAGGCAACUUAGAUAGAGUGAAAAGUAUAAAGAGCUCCAAUCCACAAUCUGAGCCGAUGUCCAGCAUUAAUUUAAUGGCGCCCAUUACUGGAAUGGACAAAGUGAUGUGUAUUGGACUGAACUAUGCCGAUCAUUGCAAGGAACAGAAUCUCGAGCAGCCAAAAGUGCCGAUGAUAUUUAGUAAAUUUAGCAGUACCAUUAUUGGACCGAGCGAAGCUCUCAGAAUUAGAACUGAAAUUGCUAAGAAAGUAGAUUGGGAAGUAGAACUGGCAUUUAUUAUCCGCAAAAAAUGUACUAACGUGAAGGCAGCAGACGCCUACGAUUGUGUUUUGGGGUACACGAUUGCACAAGACAUCAGUAGCAGAGACUGGCAGAAGGAGCUAAAUGGUGGACAGUUUUUGUUGGGGAAGGCUCAAGAUACUUUCUGCCCCAUUGGGCCAUGGAUAGUGACAAAGGAUGAAAUCGACGAUCCUCAGAAAUUGGACAUCAAAUGUAGCGUGAACGGCGUAGAGAAGCAGAAAAGUAACACGUUAAAUCUCAUACACAAGAUACCUGAUGUCAUUGAGAGACUGUCCUCGCUAAUGACACUCCUGCCCGGUGACAUUGUACUCACGGGUACUCCCGGCGGUGUGGGCGCUCACCGCAAUCCUCCAGAAUUCUUGAAGCCUGGAGAUGUAAUACGGAGCGAGAUUCAGAACAUUGGUGUGUUAGAAGUGAGGGUGGAAAAGUUUUAA